AUGGACCAGAAGGCUAUCCCUCCUAGUCCGCAGUCCACACGUCCGCCUCUUGUCGAUGUUAGUAGUAGAGUCAACAAUUGCCCAAGCACGAGAUUAGUACAAGAGGGGGGACCAAUGGGGGACCAACAAUACUUGACCUCGCCGCAACCAAUGUCCAUCGUUACCAGUCCGCUUUCUCAGAAAGGUCAUGCGGAUAACAAUUGCCUCUCGCCGACAUCAAAUUCGAAGGCAGGAUCCAAGCGAAAUUCAACUGUUUCAGCAGACUCAAUCGUUUUAAACCAGGGAAAGCGCAAAACUCAUGUCGGGCCAUGGCAACUCGGCAAGAACCUCGGAGAGGGCGCGACGGGCCGGGUGCGAUUAGCCAAACAUACGACGACUGGACAAACUGCGGCAAUAAAGAUCGUGUCGAAGAGGUCUGCUGCGAUGGCCCAGAGUGAUAGUAUUGCAGCAAUGGACCGGAAUAUUGGCUUUCUCAGUAAGCCAGGGGUGAGACAAAUGCCAUCUGGAAUCGAGCGGGAGGUUGUCAUCAUGAAACUUAUCGAACACCCAAACGUUGUCCGUUUGUACGAUGUGUGGGAGAAUAGAGGAGAAUUAUAUCUUGUUCUCGAGUAUGUCGAAGGUGGGGAGUUGUUCAAUUAUCUAUCCAAAUAUGGACCGCUGCAGGAAUUCGAGGCAGUGAAGUUAUUUCGACAGAUUAUUGCUGGUCUUGGGUACUGCCAUCGCUUCAAUAUUUGCCACAGAGACCUCAAGCCGGAGAAUAUUCUUCUAGACUCACAACACAAUGUGAAGCUUGCUGACUUUGGAAUGGCCGCUCUUCAACCGGCCGGUCAUUGGCUUAAGACGUCGUGCGGAAGUCCACAUUACGCUGCUCCCGAAAUCAUAAAAGGUCGGGAUUAUCGCGGUGACAAGGCGGAUCUAUGGAGUUGUGGUAUAAUUCUGUUCGCUUUGCUGACAGGUUAUUUGCCAUUUGAUGGGAGUGAUCUGAGUACCACACUACGGUUGGUGAGGACGGCUAAAGUCGAGAUUCCUGAUCAUCUCAGCGAUGAAGCUGCGGACCUAAUCUACCAGAUCCUUCAGAAAAGGCCAGAAGAUCGAAUUGCCAUGCGGGAAAUAUGGAUGCAUCCACUGAUGAGGAAGUACGCAUGCUUGGACCCAGUAUUAUCUAAUCCUUGUAUAGGCCCUGCGCCACCUUUGUCUGUAAAGGAGUGUGGCCCAGCCCUUAACAGCAGAGAACAUAUUGACGAUGAGAUUUUGAGAAACUUGCAAACGUUGUGGCAUGAUGUAAAACGGGAGACGCUGAUUAAAAGAAUCUUGAAUCCAGAACCAACUCACGAAAGGAUGUUCUACAACGCUUUGAUCAGGUUUAGAAAUGAGAAUCGCGAGAACUAUCAAGGCCAGUAUCUUGAGUACUCUGCUAGUGACUAUCAUCACAUGUCGCGAGGCCCGAACUGGCCGUCGAGCCAGCGGAAUAAUGGUCGUUCACGGGGAUCUCGACGGCGUGGGCAGGUACCCAUGGCUAGAAAUGCUCAUCUAAGGAGCAGUCCGAUACAAGAAACUAAAUCAUGUGCUUCUGUUCAAAGCUACGACCCGUUCCGCUCUCGAUGCCUUGUUGUGUCCGAGAAAGAAGCCGAAUAUGCUCAAAUCACGAUACAUAGACAUGGCCCUGAGAAUGAAAACAAAGGUCAAGAGCCAGAAGGAACUAGAGCGGCCAGUACUAUGUCUGAAGAAGGCUUCGAAGAUGAGAUUGACUGCCCUCCGAGCUCUCCUUUUACGGUAGUACGGAACAAAAAGAAGCUGAACUCCGUCAAAUCCUUUCAAUCCAAGACCUCACACACGGGCACCCGUCGGCACCGCCACGGUACGACUACACCUCGGUCCGCAAGCUACAAGCGAAAUGUUUGUUUCAAGCAUGCGAGAAACCGUUCGCAGGGAUCAGCAAUUGUCAAAGCGAAGGGUACUCCAGCGAAUGUCCUUGAUAAGGAUGUGAGCGAAGAUAGUUUGGAGUCUAUAGAUGUUGGUCCAUUUGCUGAGCGGGAAAGUAGUCCGCUAUUGCCUGCCCAGCCAGCUGUGGUCCGGGGGGCUGGUGUUGCGCUAAAGACAUGCACGCCGCACAAAAAGGUGCGCGAGUCGGACAUUAUUUGGAAGGAGGAUGCACGACAGGUCUCGCAUGAACUUAGCCAGAUGUGUGAGGAGGCAUUUAAUGGUGGCUCCUUGUCAACAGGCUGUACGACGACAAGCACAUGCAUGAGCUCAGAGACCCCUGCGACGUCAAUGUCAAUGGCUAGUCCUGAAGCAUCACAGAGUAAAAUUACAGGCAGCACCGGGAAAGGCUCAGGAACACCACGAUGUGGAGGGUCACCAAGAUCUUAUACUGCCGCGGAGCUGGCCGAAACGCGACGCAAACUCAUUGCCCACUCCACUCAUGAUGGCUCUGAGGACGUCCCAGACUACCUUGUAGCUGUGAUAAAUCAUCUUGAUCGUUUAAUUGAACAAGACAAGAUCAGGCAGCGUGAACGAUACGAUAGUGACGAGGGCGCUUAUGUGCCGGCGGAACAACCUGCUCAAUCCUCGCAGGAACCUGGCUCCCUGCCAAUGAUAUCGGAGGAACAGAACAACGGUCCGAAUAUCAGACAUGUCUAUUGUAAAUCGUAUCAAAAGGUUGUCCAACCGACGACCAUUAGCCCGAACUCAGGAUGCGUCAGCCGAGAUGGUCUAAGGACAGUUCGAAUGGUCCCUCAAAGUUCCUUGCAAUCGAUAGACACCGUUAGGCCUUUGACAAUCCGCAAGAGAAGCCAAGAAGCCACUCUUGAAGAUCAAAAUUCACCUACGGGCAAACAAGCUCCACCCGAUGGAGAAAAGAUUGCUGCCUCCAGAUUCUCCUCUCUCAAUUCCCGCAACUCUCGCAGCCCUUGUGAGCUUGAUCCUAUUGCAGAAAUCCCGCCAAAGUCAGAGAAACGCUCUGCAACAAGGUACCCCGAGAACAAAAAGUGGUCAUGGCUACCUAUAAAGUCCAACAUUUCCACAGAAUCUGCCAACAAGGAUGCAAAGCAUGUACACCCGAGCAAUGGAACCAUCAUUGUACACGAAGUAGGCAAUCCAACAAUCCACCCCGAAGACUCGGAAAAGACCCGACUGGACACUCCAGGGAAGGACAAGGUAGGCUUCUUCAGGAAGUUCAUGAGGAUGAAAGGAAGCAAGUGUAGCUACCCUCCAACAGGUUCGUAUUACAACCCUCACCUCAUACAUACUGUACCUGACAACUGCUUACUAGACCCUCAAAAUACGGAAACAACACCUAUACUCACCGGUUCCACGGAACCUGGUAGCUCGAGCAACGCCGAUAAGCCUCUUCCACGAAGACCAAGAGGCUCGCGGACGAGCGUAAAUUGGUUUGCACGCAUGUUCCAAUUCACCCCUGCUACAAGGGCACUAGCACUCAAUGCGUCGAAAACGGAUGCGCGAAAAGAGAUGUACAAGAUAUUGUGGGAAUGGACGCCGUACGGCAUGGAAGUCCAGUUGGACAAAGCUCAUGGCAUCAUACACGGCAAAGUUGCCAAAGUUAACUUCCCCCGUAUUCGGCCUGUCAAGUUCUCUGCAGAAUUCUACACCGUCCUGGAGUAUGGUAGACAAGCCAACCUCAGCCUUGUACAGUUCAAGCAAGAGAGAGGCGCAGUCUCAUCAUUUAACACGGUUAUCGAUGCUCUGCACAAGGCAAUGAAGCAGCGUGGCCUUCUCGUCGAAGACCAAGUUCGCGCACAAAAGAUGAUGGAAGUCCUAGAGAAAUACAAAGACCCACAACAUCCAUAA